AUGGGUUCAGAAGCUAAAAAUGAGCAACAGGCAAAUGAAAAUGAGGCGGCCACAUUUAAGGUUUACAAAGAACGAUGGCUGGUCCUUGCUGUGUGCUGCUUCUUGGCCCUCUCUAAUGCAAUGCAAUGGAUCAGUUUUUCAUCUCUAGUUACUCAAACUCAAAACUUCUACCGUGGUACUCAGCCGGGAAACGGAGGAUUCGGAUACGACGUUUCACUAAUCACCAAUCAAAUUUUUCAGUUUGUCGCAGUUUUCACCGGCUUUGGCGGUAUGUAUAUAACAGAUAAUCUCGGUAUUAGAGUGGCUUGUCUCUUAGGAACAACACUAAAUGUUGUUGGCGCCACAUUGCGCCUUGUUGCCUCAAAUCCACUCAUCGAAUCAUAUCUUGUGAAAGAGCUUAUUUUGCAUUCUGGAUCUUUUAUAUGCGCUUCAGCACAGGCAUUCUUUCUCGUUCUUCCUUCGAAAAUCGCAGAGUGCUGGUUCCCAUGCGACCAGCGAGCAAUUGCCAAUGUUUUAUCGUUUGUUGCAAAUCCGGCCGGUGUCGCACUUGGAACUAUUAUACCCUCACUCAUUUUUCCCCCUAACAAAUUGAUCUCAAGCUCAUGGACAUUUUUUCAAUUUACCUUAGGAAUGGAAUUACUUGCAUUAUUUCCAUUUAUACUCGCUCUAUUUAUAAAGCACAAAAUUCCCCCAACCCCACCUUCGUUGUCAUCGGCGGCGCAUCAAACUGCUAGAGGAUUUGGAGCCUCAAUUAUUUCAUGUAUUACGAAUGUCCAAUUUGUGAUUCAGAUGUUUAUUUUUGCGUUUGCAUUCUCAUUGCUGUGGAGUUUAAUGAUCUACCUUGAAAGUAUACUAAACAUUCAAGGAUAUAAUCUUCAAGGAUAUCCUACCGCCGUUUGUGCCAUAGUUGGAACCUUAUCGUCGUUACUGGCUGGUCAUGUUGCUGAUAAAACAAAACGUUUCAAGGAGAUUAUUCGUUUCUGCACAGUUGGUUUCGCUCUUUGUAUAAUAUGCUUACGAUGUUACCUUAUGUAUCCUUACGGAGGUGUUCACAGCACCAUAAUAGUCUAUACACUUUGUGGGUUACUAGGCGCAUUUUCAAUUCCACAAUUUCCAAUUGGCGUAGAAUUGGGCGUCGAAACCACGUUUCCCGUUCUUGAAGCGACAUCAUCAGGAAUUCUUGUAAUUUCCGGUUCAUUAUGGAUGUUCAUAAUUCCAUUUUUGCACGAAGCCUUCGAUGACUUGAACUGGUUUUACAACACUGGCGAAAAUGAGAAAAAUUGGCAAUUGGCGCUGGAUUUGAGUUGUUUUAUUGCUUGCGUAUCGGUAAUACUAUCGAUAUUCUUCAUGAGACCGAGAUAUCGGCGGCUUGAAUUAGAAGAAUCAAAAGUGUCUCAUCAGACUUUAUCACCGAACUCUUCAAGAUUGACAGAAGAAAGUCUUGAAACUCCCCGAUCACUUGCAUUUGAAAUGCAAUAG